AUGGCCAAUGUGGAGCCCGUGGCAGGUGGUAACGAAACGCAGGUGAUGGAAUUCAUCUUCCUCGGCUUCUCUGGAAUCACAAGGGGCCACACCUUCCUAUUUCUGGUCUUCUUAGCAAUCUACUUGGCUACCGUAAUUGGGAACACCACGAUACUCACCCUGAUCCAGCUGGACUCCCGCCUUCACACCCCCAUGUACUUUUUCCUCAGCCACCUGUCCUGCUUGGAUAUUUGCAACUUAUCCGUCACUGUUCCCAAGAUCCUGGCAAACUUCUUGAGCCAGAAAGCAGCCAUUUCAUACAACCAGUGCAUGGCCCAGAUGUUCUUCCUGAUGACCUUUACAGGAACAGAGUCCGCCUUGCUGGCCGUCAUGGCCUAUGACCGCUAUGCUGCCAUUUGCCAACCACUGCACUACAGUAAUCUCAUGAGCAGCCAGGUCCGUGUCCCUCUGGCCAUUUUUUCAUGGCUCUGGGGCUUAGUGGACUCGGCCAUUCACACUGCCCUGACCACCAAUGUGUCCUUCUGUGGGGCCAACCAGAUCAACCACAUAUUCUGUGAUGUUCCACCGCUCCUUAAAAUCGCCUGCAGUGACACCUACAUCAAUGAGAUGGUCCUUCACACAGCCAGCAUCUUUGUGGGCUUCAGUCCAUUCCUACUUGUCGUUGUCUCGUACGUCUACAUCGUGUCUACAAUCCUGCGGAUCCGUUCCAACACUGGCCGGCGCAAGGCCUUCUCCACGUGUGCUUCCCACGUGGUGGUGGUAAUAAUCUACUUUGGGAUGAUCAAUCUGAACUACAACCGCCCCAGUGCUGGCUACUCCUUGGAGAUCGACACCCUGAUCUCCACACUCUACUGUGUCCUCACACCCCUUCUGAACCCUCUCAUCUACAGUUUCCGCAACGAGGAUGUGAAGAAGGCCCUGGGCAAGGCCCUGGGUAAGGAAUACGCUUCCCCAGCCAAACAGUGA